AUGUUGUGUUACAUUUUAAUUUUUGUUUUGAUAAUUUUAGGUAUAUGGAUAUAUUUAAAAAAAGAAAAGAAUAAAUAUAAUAAAAAAAAAAAUAUAUCAGAAGUAAAAAAUGACAAUUUUAUGAAAAAAGAAGAAAUUUUUUGUGACAAAAAGUGUUAUUUAUUAAAAGAAGAAAAUAAAAAUUUAACAAGGAGGAAAAAAGAUAAAAUUGAUAUUUCUCUUAAUAAUAAAAUGGAUAUAAAUUUCUCAAAUAAAAAUGAAGAAAAUAAUGAAAAUGAUAUCAAUAAUUUAACUAAAAAUGAAAAUAUUAUAAAUAAAACUACAUAUAUAAAUGAUGAUAUAUUUAAUGGUUCAGAUGACAAUUUAAAGAGCUUAAAUAAAAAAAUGAAAAAUAAUUCAAGUGAUGAAUUAAAAAAUGAGAUUAAAGAAUUAAGUAAAGAUAUUCAUAAAAAUUCUAGUAAUAAUUAUAAAAAUUUCAUUAAUAAUAUUCCUAAUAUUUGUGAAGAAGAUAAAAAAUACAUUGAGGAAAAAUGUUCAGAGAGAAACACACAAUGCAUUGAAAAAAAUAAAUAUAAGAUAGAAUGUGGAUACGAAAAUAAUAAAAUUAAUGAAAAAAUUAAUGUUAACAAAAUGGAGAGUACUGUUGAAAUAAACAAUAUAAAAGAUACUAAUGUAGAUGAAAAAGAAGAAAAAUGUGAUAAAGAAGUGAAUACUAAAAUAAUUGAGAAAAAUAAUUUUACACAAGAAGAAAUUACUAAUAAUAUUGAUGAUAUUAAAUUAAAAAAUAGUGUUUAUCAAAAUGACAAAAACAUCAAAUAUGAUGAUGAUAAUAACAUUAAUAAUAAUAAUAAAGAAAGUUGCAAAAAGGACUCCUUUGAAAAAAAUGAAGAAAAUUGUGAUAUAAAAAUUAUAAAUGAUAAUAUUGAAAAUAAGGAGAAUAAAAUAAAUAAACUUAAUAUAAAUGAAUCAUUUUGUAAUGAAAUUAAAAAUAACAGUAAAAGAAAUUAUUAUAGUGAUAAUUAUAUAAAUAAUGACACAGAAAAAAAUUCAAGUUCAUAUGAGAGUUCUUCAAAUGAAGAUAAUUCGGAAGAAUUAAGUUCCUUUGAGAAUGAAUCAAGGGUAACUGAUGAUAGUGAAAAUGAGAAAAGUUCUUCAGGAGAUGAAGAAGAUUAUGAUGAAAAUUCAUCAGAUGAUAAUGAAAGUAAUUAUUCAAUUGAAGAAAAAGAUCAUGGCAUUGAUUUAAAUGAUAAAAGUGUAGAAGAGAUAAAAGAAAUUGGUAAUGAUUAUUUUAAAAAAUCUGAUUAUAUAAAUGCUAUAUAUUAUUAUAAUAAAGCCUUAAGAAAAUGUAAAGAAAAAAACACAAAAAGUAUAUUAUAUUCCAAUAGAGCUGCAUGUAACAUUUUAUUAAAAAAGUGGAAUAUGGUUAUUGAAGAUUGUAAUAAAUCAAUAAAUUAUAACAGUGAGUAUGUUAAGUCAUAUAUAAGAAGAAGUAAUGCUUAUGAGCAAUUAGAAAAAUUUAAUGAUGCAUAUAAUGAUUUAAAUAAGGCUAUAUCAAUUGAACCAUCUUUAUUAAAAAAUUAUGAAAUGAAACAAAAAAAAUUAAAAAUAUUAGCUGAGCAACAGUUAAAUAAAGAAAAGGAAGAGAUGGUUGGUAAAUUAAAAGAUUUUGGUAAUUUAUUAUUAGGAAAAGUUGGUUUAUCAUUAGAUAAUUUUGAAGUACAAAAAAAUCCAAAUAACGAUGGUUCUUUUAAUAUACAAUUUAAACAAAAUAAAUAA